AUGCUCAUGUUUGGGGAUGAUGAUGUCAGGCCAGCAGAGGUGCAACUGACAUACGAGACGGUCAGAAAGGUGCUGUUGUGCCUUCUGCUCAUCUGCGUGGCGGACCUAAUCAAAGCUGUCCUGACGAAAUAUGUAUCGGGGCAUUUCCAUAACUCCCUUCACUUCACAAAGAUGCAGGACGCUCUGAACAAGGGGGCUGCGGGAAACCUCCAUGAUGCCGAUGAAAGAGAGUUGCAGUCAAAGCUGAAGGUGCUGGUGAAGCACAUCCGUGAGAACAAACUGCGCAUCACAUUCACUGAUGCGCUGGGCAAAGCGGCGCUCUCUGAGGGUGAUGGCGUCAGCAGUCAAAAGGAGGCCCGGCGCCUUGCUUUCUACCUGUUCUGGAACGUGAGGGCCAGUCAUGACAGGGAAUUUGUACUGCUGGAGGACCUGUGCUGCUUCUUGCCAGAGGACAAGGCCCGGGCAGCACUGUCUACGCUGGAUUGCGACGGUGAUGGGAAGAUAUCACUGGAUGACAUGCGGGAUGCUGUCAUCUCAAUCUACAAGGAGCGGAAGCACCUGGCAUUGACCCUGCGGGACACGAAAGGGGUGGUUGGAAGGUUGGAAGGCAUAUUUGCUGUAAUCAUCCACACUGUUUUUGUGUGGGCGUACCUUGUCAUCUUCAAUGUGGAUAUUGCAAAAGUGUGGGCAACCAUCACCACCAUUUUGCUGGCAUUUGUGUUUGUAUUUGGGAACUCCAUCCGCAACAUAUAUGAGGCGGUUAUCUUUUUGUUUGUGGUCCAUCCAUUUGAUGUAGGAGAUGUCUUGCUUAUCGGUGCAGAGUCAACAUGGCAUCAGGUAGAAGAGGUUGCCCUGCAGAAUAUUGUACUCAGGAGAGCAGAUGGUGUCAGAAUAUUCUUUCCCAUCACCAAGCUUUCAGUUGAGCCCGUCCUGAAUGUCUCUCGGUCCAAUAACAGAUGGGAGGGCUUCAAAGUGCUGGUGGACAUCUCGACACCUGCUGCAACAUUUGACUGUGUGGACGCCGCAGUUGCUGCUCACCUUGCCGCAAAUCCAAAUGAUUUCACUGGGAAGCAUUUGGUGGUCGCUAACAAUGCUGGCGACCCCUUGAAAUACAUGCUGUGCGUGUGGUGGGAGUACUGCCAUCAAGGGACUGAGCUGAGGAGGAUGAGUCUUGGGCGUCAUGGCCUCUACAUGGUAAUUACAAAGGCAUUACUAGAAGCUGGCGUACGCUACACUCUGCCGCCCUAUGAGAAUAUGACAGCAGCCCUGUUGAGACCUCAAGGCGAGGGACAGGCUUACAUGCCAUCGUUUCUGCAGAGGGGAGCGCUCAGACUGUAG